CAGGGUUCCGGUUGGGGACCGCAGGCUGAGGCUCCGCGGGCGAGUCUAGGGCUACCCCCGCCGCGGAGAUGGGGGCGGUGGGCGCAGGGCUGGUGGACUGCCACUGCCACCUCUCUGACCCAGAUUUCGACCACGAUCUGGAUGAUGUGUUGGAGAAAGCCAAGAAAGCCAAUGUUAUGGCUCUUGUGGUGGUCGCUGAACAUUCAGGAGAAUUUGAAAAGAUUAUGCAGCUUUCAGAACGGUACAGUGGUUUUGUCCUGCCCUGCUUGGGUGUUCAUCCUGUUCAAGGACUUUCACCGCAAGACCAAAGGAGUGUCACGUUAAAGGAUUUGGAUGUAGCUUUGCCCAUUAUUGAGAAAUAUAAGGAUCAAUUGUUGGCAAUUGGAGAGGUGGGACUUGAUUUCUCCCCUAGAUUUGCUGGCACAGACGAACAGAAGGAAGAACAAAGACAAGUCCUAAUCAGACAGGUCCAACUGGCUAAAAGACUGAAUUUGCCUUUAAAUGUUCACUCACGCUCAGCUGGAAGACCCACCAUCAGCCUCUUAAAUGAGCAAGGUGCUGACAAGGUGCUGCUCCACGCGUUUGACGGCCGGCCCUCCGUAGCCAUGGAAGGGGUGGAAGCCGGGUACUUUUUCUCGAUCCCUCCCUCCGUCAUACGGAGUGGGCAGAAGCAGAAACUUGUGAGACAAUUGCCUUUAACCUCAAUUUGCUUGGAAACAGAUUCACCUGCACUAGGGCCAGAAAAACAGGUACGGAAUGAACCCCAAAACAUUGCCAUUUCAGCAGCGUAUGUUGCCCAGGUGAAAGGAAUCUCAGUGGAAGAAGUGAUGGAAGCGACCACGCAGAACGCACUGAGACUGUUUCCCAAGCUUCGGCACCUGCUCCACAAAUAGCUUCAAAACCAAAUCAACUGCAGGGGGCAGCAUGCGAGAAAAAGAAGGGUCCUGUUAAGAGUCUGAACUGACGGCCUGGAGAACUCACUGCACUGGGAUGGGGAAGGGUGCAGUUUGAGAGAACUGGUUCUCCUGGAAGUAAAACAGGGCUUGGAUCCUGAAACCCUGGUUCUAAUUCUACUUUGUGCUGCCUUUCAAUUAACGGAGUCCUGGCAGCAGAUUGGGACACACCACCCUGCUUCUUACCUUGCCCUGUUAAGUAGAACCACCACGUGGGUUGUCACCACUUCCUCUGGCAAGGGUGGCUCCCCAGGUAAGAAGUAGGCGCCCCUGUGAAGGCGUGGGCCGGGCCCGAGUUUCACCCUCACCCCCGUCUCAUUUCCCCUGGGACCUGUCUAGUGGGAGGGGAGCUUCUAGUUCCUUACACCAUCAGAAAUCUCCCCUUCUGGAUUUGUAAAACCCUUACACCGUCAGAAAUCUCCCCUUCUGGAUUUGUAAAACCGGACUUUCAGACUUUGAAUUAUGUCUUCCUAAGAGAAAAAUGUACCAGGUUUUAUAGUGAUCUUAGAUUUUUGACUUAGGAGGCCAGUGUUUAUAUAAUCACUGUUAAAUACCAAACCCAAAAGUUUAGUCAAUAAACUGACUUUGUUUCAGUCUGA